AUGGUCGCUCGACACAUCAGGUGGCCGAGAGACCUUGGUCUGGGCUGGGAACCCCUACGACGAAGCAAAAAGCUAACAGCGGGCUCAGAUGAACCGCGACGCUCAGGCAGAGCCACCAAAGGUCAACACAAGAGUCUCGAUAUGGUCCCCGAUGGCCCGAAGAAAGGUAAGGGCAAAGGCCAAAAAGACAAAUCCUCCAAAACAUCCGCCGAACCCACCCCUGGCCCUAGCGAUGGCGAAGACGAAGAGAUCAUCCGAUGCAUCUGUGGUGAAUACGAAGAAGAGGAAGAUGUGGAACGGGACAUGAUUUGUUGCGACCAGUGUUCAGCAUGGCAACACAACGACUGCAUGGGCCUCGUGUUUCCGAAAGGCCACGAGCCGGAUGAAUACUAUUGUGAACAAUGUCGGCCGGCCAACCACAAAGUUCUCCUCAACAGGAUCGCCCAAGGUGAAAGGCCUUGGGAAGAAGUUGCUGAGAGACGGCGCCAGGAGCUUGAGGAGAAAAAGUCCAAGCGCAAGAAGGGCAAAAAAGGUGGCCGGAAGGGCCGACCCAGUGAGAGCAAGACGGAGGCUAGCACCCCGGCUCGGACAGUGGCGUCUGCAACGCCCUGUCCAACUGCUUCCCCAGCACCAGCACCGGGGGGCUCGGGAUCAGCUGAACCAGAGAAGAAUGGCCACGCUGGUGACUCGCGACGUUCCAGCACGAACAAACGCAAGCUCGAGGAGUCUGCGGAGGCGGAAGGAGUAAGUACUGCUGACCAUGACCAUUUCCCGUUUUAUACCAGUCCUGCUAACGUGUCUCCUUAUCAGGGUCCGCAAAUCAAGCAGCAACGAGUAUCUCCACAGUCCACUGCGGUGGAGACGACUGUUCCGCAGACCAAGGCUGAGUCUACAACACAGUUGCCUGGUGUGGCAGCCUCUGUCGACGAGCUCGUCAUCCCGGCUCGAAGGAGUGCUGCCACGGCCCUAGUCAAGCUAUUUGUAGAACAGAUUGCUGCGGCUCAAAAGAGGGGCUCAUUUACCCUGCGCGCUGGGCAGUCGCCGGAGGAGGUUGCACGGCCACUCGGUCUUUCGAUCGAGGGUGCCAUGUAUCACAAUAUCUGCGGACGGUCAGGCGAGCCCACCGAGUCAUAUAAGUUGCAAUUACGGACGAUCCUGUUCAACGUAAAGAAGAACCCUUCUCUACGGGAUCGUUUGCUCGUAGGUAGUCUUUCGCCUGACUCUCUGUCCAUGAUGAAGCCGGAGGAGAUGGCCAGCGAGGAGUUGCAACAGAAAGACGCCGAGAUCAAGCGGGAGGCCGAACGGCAACAUAUCAUUGUGCAGGAACAGGGUCCUCGUAUCCGGCGGACCCAUAAGGGAGAAGAACUGGUUGAAGAUGACUUGAAUGCUGUUUCGAAUGAUUCUGUGUUCUCCGCUGCGCCCCGUCGCAAUAUCGGAGAGGGCGAGGAUAGCCCUUCAGAACAGCACCCGACGAGCCCGACGGCACGACAGCCGAUCAAGUCCCAGGGGCGUGAUGGACACGCCCGGGGCCACUCGCCAGAUGGCGCACACCAUGACCAGGUUUUCCCCGAAGUCGCCACCAACAUUCGCGAGCCGGUGCCCAGUGGCAGAGUGCAGGCAGACGCCGAGAUUGAUCAACUGCUUCGUGACGAGGAACCCGAUUCCCCUCCUUAUUCGCCGAAAGAUUUCCAAGAUGAAGGUGUCGUGUGGCGUGGCAAGGUUGCGAUGGUUCCCCUUGCCGAGUUCAUGUCCUCUGCAAAGCAUGUGGGUGGCGCCGACUUGAGCGGACGGAUUCCGUGGAGCCAGCUCGCACCACCGACUUUGCUGGUCGACGGUCGUAUCGACGUCCAGUUGGCCAGUAACUACCUCUGCGGCUUGCGUUUCAGUUCCUCCACUGAUGUGUCUGUGGUUGCAAUCGGCCGCCCUGACAUGCCCAGCGAGCGGGCUGGUUUCGACAGACUGUUCGACUACUUCCAAGGCCGCAAGCGGUACGGAGUAAUUGGCAAGCACCCAGUGCCCGCUGUCAAAGACACCUACAUCGUUCCCAUUGAGGCCAACACUACGACGAAACCUGAGUUCAUUGAGCUUCUGGAAAAUAACUCUCUUGAUGGUCCUGCCGCGGAGCGUAUGCUCCUUGUCGUCUUUGUGGUCAAGACUGGCGAGUCAAAUCCUUCGUCAGUUCAGCCACCGUCUCACCAACCUAGCCAAGAGCCACCAUCCACUGCGAGCCCUCUUACCGCCGCCGGAACGACUCCCGGUUGCGCCGACUCCCCCUCCAACUUCGCCGCCACUCCUCCUAGCCACGCGCUGCCGGGCCAGUUCCCACCUCAACAACAAUCAACCGCUACCGGCGUGGCUGCCGCGGUGCAAGUCCUUGGCCCGCAAGUAAAUGCGCCUGCAAUCCAGCAGCUCCUGAAGACUGCGCCUAACGUGGACAUGGCGCAAUUGAAUGUCGUUCGCGAUAUCCUGAUGCGCCAACCCGCCGCCGCAUCCAACUACGACACCUUGAUGCAUGCUCUAUUCGAGACCCAGGCAAAUGGCCACGUUCCUCAGCCGACGACUCAAUAG